GUAUCUAGAACACCUUCCACAGCCGAUCAUCUUUAAAGAACUAUUGUGCCUUAGACAGUCAGACUUCGGGCUACUCUUGUUGAGCUGUACAAGUACGUGGUUAAUAUUGGACCUCUACGUGAAUAGCAUCCAACAGCAUGAGCCUUUUAGAGACUCAUCAGAAGUACUUCAGAGCUUCGAAAGAACACGACGAAGCAGUCAAAAACAUAGCCGAUUGCAUCCGCCAGUUUUACGAACAAGAAACUCCAUUUCGUAUCUAUCAUGGGGUAACAAACAGUACGCGCAACUCAACACGGCGAGCGGACCAAGUCAUUGAUAUUAGCUGCCUCAAUAAUGUCCUCGAAGUCUGCCCGGAGACCCGAGAGGUACUCGUCGAGCCCAACGUCUCUAUGGAUUAUCUUUUAAGAGAAACUCUGAAGCAUGGUCUGCUCCCCGCAGUUGUCCCCGAAUUCCCUGGGAUCACUGUCGGUGGAGCAUUCUCGGGAACUGCUGGGGAGAGCAGCUCGUUCCGACACGGCCUUUUCCAGGAUACAGUGGAAUGGAUCGAGAUUAUUCUUGGCAAUGGCAGCAAGCUGUAUGCAGGACGCAACUUCAAUUCGGAUCUCUACCGCGGGGCCCGUUCGUCGUUCGGAACGCUAGGUGUUCUGACACAGCUCUGUGUGAAAUUGAUACCAGCCAAAACGCAUGUGCUGCUCGAGUAUCACAAAGUCAAAAGCUUCAAAGACGCGACUAAUGUGAUUGACUUCCAUGAGGACCAACCAGACACUGAUUACCUAGACGGUAUUAUGUUUGCGGACAAUGCUGGCGUUAUAUGUGUUGGGAAACUCGAAGACAUGCCACUAAACAAUUGUCGAUGGCCCGAGAGACGUUUUACGGGCCCCUGGGAUCCAUGGUUCUACAUGAACGCGAAGACCGUUAUCGAGUCUAGAAGUAAAGAAGAACGCAAAGAGUACAUUCCCAUUAAGGAUUAUCUCUUCCGUUACGAUCGAGCCGCCUUCUGGAUGAGUAAAUACACAUUCAACUACUUCUUCGUGCCCAACAUCAGUUUCACCCGCUGGCUGUUCAACACGUACACCAAGACGCAAACCAUGUAUCACGCUCUCCACGCCAGUGGUUUGUCUAAUAAAUACAUCAUCCAGGACAUCAUGAUACCUUACUCUGCUGCCAACGAGUUUUUUAGCUAUUUGGGUACGAAUUUCGAACACUAUCCCGUAUGGCUAUGUCCAUUAGGCCACCGUAAUGGGGAGAAAGCCAGAAGCGAUAGCGUGACCCAGGAAUGUAUUUCCAAUGCCUCUGAUACAGCGCAAAAAUCGAGCUUCAGCCCUUCUGAGGUUUGCAAUGACAAGAUGCUUAACUUCGGCGUCUGGGGCCCUGCCCAAAGUGGCAAUUUUGCAGACUUUGUCGCUUGGAACCGGGCCUUGGAGGCCAAAGUAGAAGAGCUCCAAGGCCGAAAGUGGCUGUAUGGGCAUACGUUCUAUACCGAGAAGGAGUUCUGGAGUAUUUAUGAUCGCAAGCAACUUGACAUGCUGCGAGCGAAGUAUCACGCCUCCUACUUACCAACUCUUUACGACAAGGUCAAGGGGCAUGGCACCGUUACAUCGACGUGGUUCUCGCAGCUAUGGAAUAUUCGACCAUUGCCAGGGCUAUACGGCUGGUGA